AUGUCGGAGCUCGUCUCCUUCCUCCCGUCCUCAGCUCAGCGUUUUCAACUGUUUGUUUGCUCCAUCUUCUUUCAGUGAUCACGCUUAUCUGAGGCAGAAGAAGAAGAAGAAACCGACCUCUCGAAAAGCUACUUGUCUUGCAGGUUCAUCUUGGACUUGAUGAAACAGAUGAUACAUCGGAUGCAGAGCAGAAUACGUUGCCCUUUUUGCAAGGAGCAAUUCAUUAGUCUUGCUUGGCUAUCCACGAUGGUUCAUCAAAUUGUAGGCUCCGUGGAUUGCGGGAAGGGUGUGAAGAGGAUUGUAGCUUCUGUCCAUCUCAGUGCUCGAUUGAUUUCAAACUUGCUAAGGAAAUAAUAUGGUCUGGUUUGCGCAGUAGAAAUACAGACCAUGGGACACUCCUCAGCCGACGACAAGAUUCUUAGCUACAAUGAUGUUGUGCUCAGGAGAUCGGAUCUGGAUAUUCUCAGUGGUCCAUGUUUUCUCAAUGACCGCAUCAUCGAGUUCUAUUUCAGCUAUCUCUCUUCGUCCCACCCUUCCGAGGACAUUUUAUUGGUGCCGCCUUCAAUUGCCUUCUGGAUCACAAACUGCCCUGAUGCUGAGGACCUCAAAGACUUUGUGGCUCCUCUCAAGCUGUCCGAUAAGGAACUCGUGAUUUUCCCAGUCAACAACAAUGAUGAUGUGGAACAGGCCGAGGGGGGUUCUCACUGGAGCUUGCUUGCGUACAUGAGAAAAGCUAACUUGUUUGUGCAUCACGAUAGCUCAGGAAGGAUGAAUGAACCAUAUGCAAGGCAACUCUAUAAAGCUGUCAUCAAGUAUUUGAGCGUCUCUGGUUCGGUAUCUGAUGCAAAAUUUCAGCACUGGAGUGGUUCACCGCAGCAGUUGAAUGGUUAUGACUGUGGUUUGUAUGUCACUGCAAUUACGAGAACUAUACUUGAUUGGUUUGAAGACACUGAACAUAGAGACACAGGGGAUUUGUGGUUUUGUGCAGUUAAGGAGAAGGGUACUCCAUCAGUCGUCGCUGGUAUGCGAAAUGAGAUUCUUCAGCUAAUCAAGCGCGUGAUGAUCCCAGAGUGAGGUUAACUUGUCUUUUGACGUGAUUCCUGCAAAUCGUUCAUUCGUUUCUUAUCUCUUGUUCUGACGGUCCAGCUUGUACCUUAAUAUUGUCUGCCUUUUGUCUUCAAAUAAAUGUUGUUUCCCGUAUAUUCAAGAUGUGAUGCUGCAAAAUGCCAAUGCGGAUCGAUACUGCUUAAUUGUAGUUCUUGUACUGUCAUCCCAUGUUGCCCUUGUUUCAGAUUGUAUAUGGCAAUUGCCAAAAGAUUACCAUUCAUCCA